UUGGUCCCGCCGAAAGUACUAUACUUACAAUGGUUUACUUUCCCGGAACAUACACUUAUAAAAUCAUUAAUUUCCCGUUUCAUACGUUUUUACGAAGUGGAACAGUCCUAAAAUUCACAAAUUUUUUUGUUAUAUUCCUCCUGAUAAACUACGUUUUAAUGCUUUUAUUUUGAAAAACUUUCAUUGUUUACCUUUGCAAAAGGAAGAAAAUAACUUUAUCGCACCAUAGAUAUUGAUAGUAUCAGGAAGACUGUGCACUUCGGUAGUAACAUCUAUGGCCAGCACCAAGCGAGGCUAGUGGCGCAAACUAGCAAUGAUUAUGAAAAUGGUGCACGCGCUUUACCAAGGCACGGAUCACGGAUCUCAUAUUUUGUGCAUUCAUUAAUCUUUGUACUGAAUAUACCCGUUUGUUAUUGUUUUUUUACGAUUGGAUUGUUUUGUAUUUUACGUUUCUCAAGUUAAAAUUUUAUUGAAAAUUGUUCUGUUGCAUAAAGUUGUUUGUAAAAUGAAACAAACAAGCAAAAAUUUCUGAUUUUGUUUUUACAAUACCCUAAUUUUUUUUAUUUCUAAUUUAGGCUUGGUGACUUUUCUCCCCCUCCAAGAAAGGACUUCAUAACAUUUUGUAAGGCCACUGUUUCUCAUGUCAGCUUUACUUGAUUAUGGACUGUAUUUUACAUUUCUGGUGGUUUUAUUAUAUGUAUAUAUAAUGAUGAAUUCAUAUUUCAUUAAUAUAAUGCAAUUAUUUACACAUUAUGUAUUUAAGUUUAAUCUGACAUUGUGCUGGUAUGCUAGAUUGAAAAUUUUUUUUAUUAUUGCCAUUCCCUUUACAUACACUUUCCUGCAUCAUACACCAUUUUUGUGCCCUCUGUUGAAAAGUGUAUGACAGGGGUUCUACUGUAUUAUACAGUGUAAUGUGUACAAGUAAAAAUAAAGUUUUGUAAAACAGGAACUGAUAAUUAUUUAUCUUGUUUCUAUGUUUUAGGGAGCUGUGCGGAGAUACUGCUUGGAGAGAACUUAUUUCUCGUCUGAUAACACUUUGUUUUCAACUGAAUGGUGUAGUAUCUUGUGUAGUGAACAGUUCAUCACCGGAAGGUAGCUUACCCAUGGAUUUCCUGCCAGUCGUGAAAGAUGACAACGUUGAGCUUCCGGUUCAAAACGUGACAGCGCAGAUGUUGCUGCUGUGUUCGUGGAGGACUGUCAAGGAAGUGUCUCUCUUCCUCGGAGAGCUGUCCGAGCGAGCACCAAUCAUCACUGAGGGCAGCCCCGAGUCCGGCCUCAUGACGGAGGAGCAGGUGCUCGCCAUCGGAGAGCACUUCACCGCGCUGCUGUCGGAGACGAAGCACAGGGGCGCCUUCGAGCAGGCGUACGUCGGCUUCUGCCAGCUGUGCAGCCGGCUGUGGGGGCACCCCGCGGGACGCCUGCACCGCCUGCCCGCUGCCUGGCUGGCCGAGCUGAUGGCCCUCAUCGCCGAGGGAGGGGGAGGGGUCCUGUGUGCCACGCGCCGCAGCGCCGGGGUUCCCUUCAUGGUGCAGGCCCUGGUUACCACCCAGCUGCAGGCGGGCGGAGGCCCAGGCUGCUUCCAGCAGUCCAUGUCCGCCCUGCUGUCGCUCGCGGGCCGGGCGGCCGGCGGGGCCGAGGCGCGCGCCCACGCCUUCAACAUCCUGCGCGCGCUCUUCCGCUACUCCGCCCUGGGCGAGCUGGUCACCCCUUACGUCGCCGAGGGCGUCAUGGUGGCCGUCCGGGGCUUCCGGGGGAGCACUUGGGCGGAACGCAACGCAGCGACACUUCUAUUCGGUGCCCUCAUCACGAGAAUAUUCGGUGUGCCUCGCAGCAAGGACGAGAAGUUGCGGAUGACCGGUCGCGUGUUUUUCCACCGGUACCCCCAGCUGUUUGAUUUCCUUUUGGAGGAGUUGCAGAACAUCACGGCCACUAUGGCACAGGAUUCGAUAGACGCUCCGCAGCUCUACCCGAGCCUCUACCCUGUGCUCGUACUCCUCUCGCGCCUGUAUCCGUCCUCGCUCGAAGGCAGCGAUUCUAAGCUUCAGCUGAAGGUGUACGUACCUCACGUGAUGGCCUGCGGUCACAGCUGCAUGGUACACACCCGGAUACUCGCCGCCAGGGCCCUGGUGCCUCUCGUCACGCCCAACGUGUUCGUCACGUACGUGUCCCAGAUGUUCCGGGAGGUGUCCGCCACGCAAGGCGUUCUGCAGAACCGCAGGCACGGGCUCCUGCUGCAGAUUGUUCACUUGCUGCAAGGUGCAUCCCACACUGGCACUGUUGGUGAUGAAGUUCGACUAAUGGUUGACGCCUGGGUGGCGAAGUCAGAGUGGCUGCUCCUUGCCCGUGCCGGCAUCAGCUUAGUGACUCAGGAGACCUAUUUGAGAGUGCUAACACUCCUCGGGGCUGACUACUUCUCAUCCAUUCAAGCAGCAACAUGGUUGAAGUUUUAUGAGCACCUCGAACGGGUGGUGUUCGGAAACACAGCUUUGUGCGGCAUGAUCGGCAAGCCAGUGUUCGAAAAGACCGCUACUUCGCUGCUGCUUCAGAUCGCCGUUUCGAUGGACACAGAGCCCCGUGAUAUUUCGCAGAGACUGGGAAAGAUCCUCGUCAGGCUGCUCGAACAUCCGGAAGUCGAAGUUGUCAUGAGCGCCCUGCGCUUCGUCCUGGGUAUCUUCGACAAUGUUGACGAAGCUGGCGGCGAGGACGAAGACUUGGGGCUGGUGCAGGUCCGAAGCUGGAACCCGAGUAACAAGUUGCAGCUGAUGGACGAAAUCAGGUUGCACGCAGAAUUGCUCCAGGCAGUGGCAGACCUGGCGUUGCGCGACAGCAUGUACCCUCCUUGCAGGAGGUUGGUCUUUAGGCUGCUGUACCACUGUCGAGAAGCAUUUCUGAUGGCGAGAUGGCAUGAUGUGGACAAAUCUGACUUGCUACUUCGUCUCUGCAGUGAAGAGCAUGAGAACGUCAGCUACACUGUGCUGCUUUCUCUUGGUGCUUUCAUGCUAGUCCACCAGGAGCAUAAACGAGAGCUACCCAUCUCCUCGGAGCAAGCCAGCAAGAUGUGUCAGAUUUUGCUGGAGUUCUCGUCACCAGAGAAGCCACAGUUGUGUCGACACAGUGCAGCUAAAGUCUUGCUGCAAAACAGCUACCUGCUCAGUGAAACUGUGCCUUUUCUCUCAGACGUGGACGUGCUGACGCUGUGGACGGCCGUGCUGGCGCUCCUGCAGGACGACGCGGAGGCCGUGCGGGACGCUGCCGCGGACCUGGCCGGCGCGGUGCCGCCCUCCCCGGUGCCGCCCGCGCCGGUGGUGCCCCACAAGGCCCGGGAGCUGCUGGUGGACUGGUUCGUGACGGCCACGUGCGCGAGGGACCCCGUGGCCUGCUCGGUGGCGCUGCUGGCGUGGAGCCUGGCCGGCGCCGCGGGCGACGACCCGGCCGACCAGCCCGAGGAGCGAGUGUUCGACAAGGGGGAGAUGAACACGUUCGCGGAGGAGGUGACGGUGACGGACCUGUGCUGCCAGCACCUGUCCCGCGUGGUGGAGCGGUGCGGGGUGGAGACCCCGGUGGCCCCCCGGCUGGUGCGGUGGUUCCGUAGCACGGGUCUCGGGGAGGACGGGGUCGGGUACGAGGAGGAGGGGGCAGGGGCGCCGGCGUGCCUGGGCGGCCUCGUGCGGCUGGCGCAGGGCCGGCUGCUGGCCGCGGAGCCCCGGGGCGACCGCACCUUCCACUUCCUCGUCCCGGGCCAGAAGGCCGUCUUCCUGUCCGUCUUCAAGGUCAGGAGGGUGGUGGAGGCCAUGCUGGCUGCGCUGGCGUGAUGCGACCACCCCGCCCCGGCUUCCCAUCUCGACUAUUCAUUUUAAUGCCAGUCUUCUAGAGCAGCGGUUCCCAAACGGUGGGUCGCGACCCACUAGUGUGUCGCGGAAGGGUUACAGGUGGGUCGCGACUCGAUCCUAAAACUAUCAGAAACCAUCGAAUAAACCAUCAGAAAAGAUAAGAAAUAUCGAAACAAAUCAAAUUGUGUCCAAAAACAUAUUUAUUGUUAAAUAAGUAACUAUUUUGCUACAAGGUGCUUUUAUUUUGUCAACCAUUUUCGAAUUAGAACACAAAUUGUUUAUCAAUAAUCAUUCUGUACCUUAAAAGAGCAUAUAUAUAUAUAUAGGUAUAUAAGCAAUAUUUGAUGGUAAAUAAUAUAUACAUAAGGUAGGGACAUACAAAGAAGUUUUUUUACUCCACCAUGUACUGAUAGACCGUGGAGGUAUUCCGAUAAGGAAAGGUGGGUCGCCAGCCAAAACAUUUUGGAAACCACUGUUCUAGAGUAUUUUAAAAAUUAUGAUUACUUUUGACUAUGACCAUUUUAGUUUACCAAAUAUGUUCCAGGGUAGUUUCAUUAUGAUAAAGUUUCAUUUGACACACCAGUAUGUUUGGUAAUGUGUGUGAAAGUUGACUAUUAUGCUGGUUUAUGUUGCUACACGUAGGUCCACCGUCUGACAAGACUUCGGUUCACCGAGUUUAAACAUGUUCAUGCAAUGCGACUUCCAUUCCGUUCACGAAAAUACCCCUACCAAAUGCUGUAUACUGAGAACUAAAAUUUUCAGAGCAGCAAUAUAGCAUUGGAAAACUAGCAAUACCAUAAAUGUAGGGUAGUUUAUGAUAAAGUACAACAUUCCUAAGUUGGAAAAGAAGUAAACAUUAUUUUUAUCAUCUUAUUCGUGGUGGUUUUAGAUGUUGUAUGCAUUAUUUCAACUUACUGAAUUUUGUAUGUUUGUGUCAAUUCCUUGGUACAAACGUUUUCUUGAUACAUAUUUGGUAAGUCUGCUUAUAUAUGAUUAUAACCUGUACUGAUGGGACUGCUUUUGUAGUCUUGUUUGAUUGCAUCUCUCUAUGAAUAACUUCUCUUUAACAAACAAAAAAAAAAUAGUUCAUCAGUUUGAUUUUGUAAAGGUUUUAUUGUUUAACCUUGUACAAAGAUUUAUUAACUCGAAUUUUUAAAGUAAAGAUGUGAUUGUAAAUUUUUUUUUGUUUGUGAAAGAAGUAUAUCUCGAGUAGUAAAUUAAAAGGUUAAUGAUUUCAUAAUUUUAUUAGUAACAUUUUUCUUUGCAGUUUGAUAAUUUUUUUUUAUGUAUACAAAUAUUUGUAAUUUUUGAUUUUCAGUCCGUUGUCGUGGAGGAAUGUUGUAUUUUUAUUACAUUUUGUAAAAUUGUGUUUAGCAUUUUCAUAUUUACUGGCCUUGGAUUGUGCAAUUGUGAAAGUUAGUUUUGCAUAGUAUGUAUUAACCCACCUGUCUUAUUGCUAGUUUUAGUACUAUUAUGCAAACAAAUAUACAAUGGUUUUAAAUUUAAUUUGUUAUUUCUACAGCAAAUAAAGAUUAAGUUUUUGAGACUACAAAUAUAGUUAAGUUUUCAUUCUUAUACCAUAUUGAGCUUUGCCAUGAUUUGUAUUGAUUUUUUAAUAAUUGAGGGUGGUAAAUAAUUUUUUAUAGAUUUUCAAUGGGCCAUGUUUAUUAACCAUUAAUGUUUGGUACCUUUCAUAAUACUUUACUGCAUUCAGUUUGAUAGCGGCACCAUAAUUAAUGCUAUGCACUUUUGCAUUUCAGUAUUUCAUUGUAUUCCAAUUUUGACAAAGUUACUUCUUAACUGAAACUCUUGAUGUAAAUGAAGAGCAUGUAACAUAUAAGUCAAUAAAUGCCAAUUAUCUUAAGGUAACAAGUAUUUAAUAACACCGGAAAUGUUUUUUUGUAUUAUUAGGCUAUUGCAUUGAUAAACAUUAAAAAUAUUAGUCAGACUUAUUUUUCAUAAAUUUCUUUCUUUCAACCAACAGUUUGUCACUCACUAGUUUUAGGAGACAAAGCUGUGUUUGCUGAAUGAAGAAGUAUUGAUUUACCAUUAGAAACAUUUUACACUUGCAAAAAAUAAUAUUUUUUUUUUGACUUUAAUACUAGCUUUUUCAUAUUCAAGUACAAAUAGUGGUUGUGUGUUUGUAAAAAAAAUUACCUUUGAUUUUCCUGAUGAUAAUUGAAUAAUACAAAAAAAAAUUGUUAAACAUUUUUUUAAGAAUUCUAAAAUAAAAUUGAAACUAUUUCAAAUAUAGAAAGAAUUAUUAUGUAUUUACUCUUUACUUGCUUUGUUUGUAGUCAGCUUUCAGAUUAUCUCUUAAAUUUUACAUUAAUAAAAUUUUGUACUAUUAGUGCAAACAAGUUAAGUGAUGAAAUGUGUUUUCAUUAUUUAAUCUUCAUAGUAUUUUAAAGAAUUAUAUGUAUUUAUUUCUGUUGUGAAAUUUUAAUUUUAAGUGAUAUUUCUGUUGCUAGUCAUUUAUCAGUUUGUUUUGCAAGUAAUGCAAGUAUUCAAUGCUAAUUAAAUCCCAUGGGCUUAUUUAAAUGGUUAUUAAAAUCUGUUAACAUUUUUUAGAUAAUAUUUAGUAUUUUUUAGGAAAUAAUUAUUUAUAAAUUACAAAAAAAGAACAUUACUUUAUUUUCUCUUUUGCAAAUUAGGAGUGUAUUCUUUUAAGUUUCAUACUCAUUGCAUGGGAAGAGUCUGUGGUUCAUUCCAUACCCGUGAUAUGAGACAUUCGUAUUUAUGAACACCAUGUUAGUGUCAGAGUGGUCCAAACUUCGUCUUCUAAAAUUUUGGAUUUUGCUACAUAAUUUUAAAUCUAAACGUACUUAGCAACAUGCCAUACUUAUAAUUAUUUUAAAAUUGUAAUUUUAUAGGAUCUUGGUAUUUUCAUCAAAAUAACUUAUAUUUGGAGUGUAGUGUUCAUAUAAAUUCAAACUGUCAAACAAAAUUCCAAACCAUUUUGAAACUUAUAAAUUUAACUCACUGUUUAAUGAGUUUACAUGCAUUUUUUUUAAAUUUUAAUUACGGUAAAAGCUCUUUGGUCUGAUACAUUCAGUACCACGGCCAUGCCUGAUUAGAGAUUUUGCGGGAUAAUAGAACGUCAAUAUGGUUUUAAUGGGAUUAUUCAAGAAAAAUUAGUGUACUUUAGAGUGCUAUUUAAAACCAGUUAUCAUAAACUGCUUUUAGGCAAAAAAAAAAAUACACAUGAGUGGUCAAAGUCAAAAAAUGUUCUUAUCACCCCUGACAAUUCUGAAUGUGAGCUGUUAGAUUGGUGUCAGAUUACAGAGUGUACCGAAUCACAGAUUGCUGGUUUAUAUAGUGCUGACUGUACUUGCGAUAACAGAUUUUCACUUGCGGGAAAUGUGGAGGAGCUUGUGGGCUUUCUUGGAGUUUUCCUGCUUCUUUCACGAGUGAAUUCCUUCACCACUCUUAUCACGCUUUACCCCCCAUCUGUCUCUCAUGACUUCGGGAUGUUGAACCCUAUUCCAUACUUUAAGUUUGCUGGCAGUCCUACAAAAUGAGUGUUGCUGGAUAUAUUUUGACGUACCCAAAGACCAAGUCAUGUGCUGAAAUUGGGUUAUGGUACAUAUGAAAUACUAUUAAGCUCAAUUAAACCAUUUUUCACAAAAUACUUAAAAAAAAAAUGCAUUGUGCUUUUCAAAAAAAAAAAAAAAAAACAAUUAUUCUAAAACAGUGGUUCUCAAAUUUUUGAAUUAGGGCACAUUUCAAAUCCUGCAAAUAAUUAUAAGUGCACCAUAUACAAAUUUCUGAGAAAUAUGUUUAAAAUAUGAAGUCAAAUAUUAAGGAAAAAAUUUAAUGAAACAUACCUGAAGUUUAUUUAGCCUUGUUUACAAAUAGUAAAUCGCAACUACAGUAUCGUACUGAAAUAAAUCACUAUCUGAGCAAAACCUGUACAGUCAUUCAAAUAACACAUACGUACAUAAUAAUGUAAUGUUAAGUAGUGUUAACUAAAAGGGGGGCAUAUAUAUACUGAAAUGGUAAAAUAUAUGUAGUAACAAUAAUUUUUUUUUCUGAACACAUAUUUCUUUGGUAUAUCACAGGGCACACUUGGAAGUCACUUACAGAGGGACUGAUCUUAAAGAAAAAUUACAAAAUGUUAUUUUAGGUAUGUUUUAAGUAUUUAAACAUGGAAAAAUUACAGAAUCACACAGUACAAAGACGUUUACGUUCUCUUUCUCUAAUAGACACACUCUUCUGUUUACUAUAAACAGUGUGGUUUUUGUUUGAAAGUGAUAUUGUGAAAAAUGGCUGAAUUGUGCCAAAUAUAAUUUAGCGUGUAAAUUCCCAUCCUGGCACAUGAUUGGGUGUACAGGUUGGCAGGACUGUUAUGCUCUGACGAACCUCCUCUAACCAGUUACGUGCGUGCAUACAAAUCAAUAAGGAAUUCGGAAGGCUUACUGCAUAAGAAUCUUUAAUUUUGUUUUAUAAAAAGUUUUUUUUCUUUGUGAUAAUAAAGGAAAUAACCAUCCAGCGUUCCCAAGUCUCUUUGCUGAUGAGGAUAAUUGCACUUAAAGAUUUAAAGUUGCGUAGUUCGUAAAGAAAAAGUUGACACUUCAUCUGGGCCAUAAUGAGAAAAGGUUUUGUUUAGCAAAAAAAAAAAGUAUCCAUCAAGAGAUCUUUUUGGCAUAACCAGAAUGGUAGAAUUAUGCUUGCUUAUUUUGUUUCGUGCAAGUUGGUAAUAUUUUAUGUGUACUUGUAAAUUGAAUGUUUCAAUGCACAGUGUAUAUGUUAUCAGUUGACUAUGUGCCAUUCAGCAAUGCUGAAAGACUGAUUUCAUAUAAAAUGCUAUCAUAAACAACUUAAAAUGUGUUUGUGUGCUUGUAUGUAUCAUAUGUGACGUCCAUGUGGUAAUUAAGUGUUUGGAUGUCAGCUAGUAUGCAGUUUUAUAUACAAUUGUGUGUGAUUAUUCAUGUGUAAUGUCCUAGUUAUUUAUCUCUAUGUAAACUUGACACUGUGAUUUUCAUCUUUAAAAUAUUUCUAAAUGUAGUUUUGAUGUGUUCGUGAAAGUAUUGACAAUAUUUUGAGAGUGAUAAUAAACAGAAGUAAUUUUGGUGUGAUCAGUUAUGACAUAAAUUCUAAUUUUGGAAAUUGGGACAAGCUCUUUUGAUUACAGCUUCGAUUGGCUUAUUUACUGAUUGUAGUACUAAUAGUAAAUGCUUAUUCAGCAACUUUAAAGGUAAUGGUCGUUAGUGAAAUUAAAGUAAUAUUAAUAUUUAUAUUUGAAUAUUUUUCACUAAAGUAAAUUUUUGUAAAAAUAAGAAUUUUUGUCAUGUAAGGUAAAAUAAAAUACUCACAUAAAUAUUUUUAUUAUUUUUUAAUUGUGUUGUGUGAUGAUUAUUCAAUAUAAAAGUGUAAAUAAAUUGUGGAAUUUGCUAAA